AUGUGUGGUAUUAGCUAUUCAAAUGAAUAUAUAUCACCAUAUUGUCGACGACUUAUAUGGAAACAAUUGGUAGAAAUUGUUGCAGCACUACAACGUAGUAAUAUAGCACAUAUGGAUUUGAAACCGGGAAAUAUUAUUCGUGUCGGUAAUAUUUUGAAAGUUUGUGAUCUUGGUAUAUCAAAGUAUGGAUCUGGAGUUGGAGGUGGUGGAACACCAAAUUAUAGUGCACCAGAAGCUAUGUUAUUACGAGGACGAUUUGAUACUCAAGUUGAUAUAUGGUCAAUUGGUGCUAUCUUGUAUUACAUGACAUAUGGUAAGCAACCGAAUUGGAAUCCAGAUAAUCGUAGUUGGGAACCACCAUAUGGCCAUUGUCCGAUACAGGAUCCAUUAGUACAGGAUCUGCUGGUAAAAACAUUACAGCAUAAACCAGAAAAUCGUUCGAAUAUACAAACACUACAAUGGCAUCCGUAUACGAUCUUACCAUAG